AUGGCGUCGGCGGUGGACAGCAUGUGUUGUCGAGAGGUGGAUGCCUACUGGGCACUAGUUGAGGGUUUAGUCCCGGCCACGGACAUUACCUGCCUGACGCUCCAUCCCGGCUUUGAUGCCUGCUGCCUCAACCCGUUCUCGCUGCAGGUAGCAUACCUCAACUUCAGACAGGAGUAUGGCCCUCUCCAAGCCAACAGACCAGAAGUUUCUGUGGAUCAGCAAAUGGCUAUGGCAAACGAGUGGCUGCUGUGGCUGACCCUGUCUGCCAUCGCAGCUGCUUGGCACAGCGGUGUGAGUCUCAUCCACAAUGGCCAGGUUUGCAGUACGUGGGGUAACUUCCACUUCAAGACCUUUGAAGGAAAUGUUUUCCAGUUGCACUCGACUUGCAACUACGUCCUGACCUCUUCAUGCAGGAGCAGUUACAAGGACUUCAACAUCCAGAUAAGAAGACAGGAGGCUGGCAACCAUCACACCAUCAAAAACAUAAUUAUGAAGCUGGAGGGUUCAGAGCUGUUAGUGGAGCUCUCAGAAGGCUCAGUGGUUAUCGAUGGAAAACCAGCCAACCUACCAUUCAGUCAAGCAGGAGUGCUCAUUGAGAAAACUCCCACCUACAUCAAAAUCAAAGCAAAGCUGGGUUUAGUUGCUAUCUGGAAUGAGAAGGACACUUUUAUGGUGGAACUAGACCUUAAGUACAAGAACUAAACCUGCGUUCUUUGUGGAGACUUCAAUGGGGUCCAGCUCUAUGAUGAGUUCUACAGCCAUGGUGUAAAAAUAUCCCCCAUGGAUUUUGCUAACUUCUGGAAAAUGGAUGGUCCAACUGAAAGCUGCUCUGACUACACGCUGGAAUCAACACAAAGCUGUAACAACAUGAAACCUCUGUGUGAGCAGAUCCUUACAGGGCCAUCCUUCAACAGCUGUCACAGUCUGCUGGACAUUGCCUCCUUUACUUCUGCCUGUGUUGCAGACCUCUGCAACUGUGACAAUGGCAUGAAUGAACACGUUGACCCCUUCUGCCUGUGCAACACUGUGUCGGAGUUCUCCAGACAGCGUGGACAUGCGGGUGGCAAACCCCAAAACUGGAGAACCAAAGAGAUCUGCUGGAAGUCAUGUCCCGACAAAAUGGAGUACAAGGAGUGUGGGAGUCCCUGUGCUGAUACCUGCCCCAACCCAGAGGCCAGCCACACCUGCUUCUGCCCUGCAGGCACUGUGCUGGAUGAUUUAAACGGAAAGGGUUGUGUCCGAUUAAACGAGUACUCCUGCAGCUACAACAGCAAGAUCUAUGGACCGGGGGAGUCCUACUCCAGUAACUGCAAAAAAUGUGUGUGUGCGAGUGGCCAGUGGAUGUGUAUGGAGCAGAACUGUCCAGGAACCUGCGCUGUGGAGGGAGGAGCCCACAUCAACACCUUCGAUGAAAAAGUCUACACCUUCCAUGGGGACUGCUCCUAUGUGCUGGCUAAGGACUGCAGUGGAUCCCAGUUUGUGGUACAAGGAGAACUGGAGUAGUGUGGACUGACUGAGAGCGAGACCUGCCACAAGUCUGUUACCUUGGGUUUGUCUGGAGGGGUUAAUGUGAUCAAAAUCCAGUCCAAUGGCAAGGUUUUUGUGAAUGGCAUCUACGCUCAAUUACCCUUCUCUGCUGCUGGGUUCUCCGCCUUCAGAGGGUCCUCUUACUACCUGCUGGUGCAAACGUCUGUUGGUGUUCUGUUGGAGGUGCAGCUCCAGCCAGUCAUGCAGCUCUACGUCAAAGUGACUAGUGACUACCAGGUCAAGACCUGUGGUAUUCUGUGUGGGAACUUCAAUGGUAACCAAGCUGAUGACUUUCUAAAGCUCAGUGGCGUUCCAGAUGCCACAGCACCUGGUUUUGUCAACAGCUGGAAGACACAUGCUGGUUGCCCUGAUGUUAAGAGCAACUUUGAGAACCCCUGCAGUCUUAGUCUGGAUAAUGAGAAGUAUGCCCAUCACUGGUGCUCCAUGCUGAGUGACCCUCAGGGAGUGUUUGCCUCCUGUCACUCAGAGAUCAGCCCUGACAAAGAGAACUGCAUGUAUGAUAGCUGUAACUGUGAGAAAAGUGAGGACUGUAUGUGUGCAGCAGUCUCCUCCUAUGUCCAUGCAUGUGCAGCUGCAGGAAUCCAGCUCACCGGCUGGAGGGCGACCAUCUGUGAGAAAUAUGCUAGCUCAUGCCCCAGCAGCACGGUCUACUCCUACAACGUCACGUCCAGCAGUCGCACCUGCCGCUGCAUCAGCACCACAGACCCCAGCUGCUCAGUGGUGCCUCCUGGACAGGUCGUCAACAAGGAUGGGGUCAUGUGCACCUGUAAAGAGGGCAAACUCAGCUGCAUUGGAGAGGUUAUUAUACAGCCAAUAUCUGUUUACAGCACUUGUAAAGACAGGAAGUGGCACUGCACUACCAACCAGUGUGAUGGAACCUGCUCUGUCUAUGGUGAUGGACACUACAUGACUUUUGAUCAGAAGCGCUUCACGUUUGAUGGCACGUGUGUGUGUGUGUGUGUGCAGGACUACUGUGGCAGUGCUCAGAGUAAUGGAACCUUCAGAGUGGUCACUGAGAAUGUUCCCUGUGGAACCACAGGAACCACCUGCUCCAAGACCAUCAAGAUCUUCCUGGGGAGUGCAGAACUGAUUCUAGCAGAGGGAAGCUACCAGCUGCUUUCAAGUGGAAAUGAAUAAACAGUUCCAUUCAGUUACAGCACUAUGGGCAUCUACUUGGUAAUUGAAGCCAACAAUGGACUAAUUUUCAUGUGGGACAGGAAGACCACCUUGUUCAUCAAGCUCAGCCCAAAAUAUAAGGGUUAUGUGUGUGGUCUGUGUGGCAACUAUGAUGACAAUGCAAAUAAUGACUUCACCACAAGGUGCCAUGCUGUGGUGGUAAUCCCACUGGUGUUUGGGAACAGCUGGAAGGAUUCACCAAGCUGCCCCGAUGCUCACAGCAUCACCAGCCCCUGCACAGCCAACCCAUACAGACAGGCGUGGGCCCAGAAACAGUGCAGCAUUAUCCAGAGUAACGUCUUCUCUCCCUGCCACUCCAUUGUGGAUCCUGCUCCAUACUAUGAAGCAUGUGUAUUUGACUCCUGUGCUUGUGACACGGGUGGAGACUGUGAGUGUUUCUGCACUGCUGUGGCUGCUUAUGCUGAAUCCUGUAAUCAAGCUGGCGCCUGUAUACGAUGGAGAACCCCAAAGAUUUGUCCUAUCUUCUGUGAUUACAGUGUGUGUGGUGAAUGUGAAUGGCACUACAUGCCAUGCGGAUCUCCAUGUAUGAAAUCCUGCAGGAACCCCUCCGGCAGCUGCUCGUCACAGAUGCCUCCUCUAGAAGGUUGCUAUCCAAAAUGUCUUCCUGCUCAGCCAUACUUUGAUGAGGAUACAAUGACAUGUGUGUUAAAAAAACAAUGUGGCUGCUACGAUAAAGAGGGGAAACACUACAAUAAUAGUGACAAAGUGCCAACAACUGAAAACUGUCAAACAUGGUAG